GCAGGCGCUCCGUCUGGGAUCUUCGCGUGCAGGCGCAAAGCGCGGCCUCGACGACAUCAAUAACAACAACAACAACAACUACAACAUCAAGAAGAAGAAGAGAAAACAACAACAACAGCAGCGAGACCGGCGGGCGGGCGGUCCAGCGUUGCCGGCGGCUGGGCCUGCGGUGAGCGGACGCAGGCGAACAUCCCGACCGCCGCCGACUCUGAGAUGGCCGAGACGGUGAAGUAUGUGGACGAGGAGCACAAGAACGUCUUCCUCAAGUUGCUCAACGAGCAGCGUCUGGAGGGGGAGCACUGUGACAUCGCCGUGGUGGUCGAAGACGUCAAAUUCCGCGCUCACCGCUGCGUCCUGGCGGCCUGCUCCAACUACUUCAAGAAACUCUUCAAAAAACACGAGGUGGACAACUCGUCCGUGAUCGAGAUUGACUUCAUCCGCUCGGACAUCUUUGAAGAGGUGUUGAACUACAUGUACACGGCCAAGAUCUCCGUCAAGAAGAGAGACAUCAACCUGAUGAUGUCGUCGGGACAAAUCCUGGGCAUCCGCUUCCUCGACAAACUCUGUUCUCAGAAACGAGAAGACGCGCCGUCCGAGGAGAAGGACAAGUUUCCUUAUGACAUCGUAAAGAUGGCGCUGCCUCCUGAGGCUCAGCUGGUCGCUGCGGCCGAGGUUCUCGGGGAGCACGAGGACGCGCCCGGCGCAGAUGACCUCGUCGGGGCCUCAGCCAAUCAGGAGCUGGAUAAAUCUCCCAACGCGGCGCUGCGUGUGCAGGAAGCCAUUCUGAAGGAACUGGCCAACGAGCACGUACACAAGGUGGCCUGCUACGACCAAGACGUGGUGACGGACAUGGAGGCGGAGCCCAAAGACCUGGGAGCCGAGCACCACGCCACCCAGACGCUAACGUUCGCCGACAGCAUGGGCGAGGUGAAAGACGAGCAGCCGCCCGCCUGGGCCGCGGCCGACAUGAAGUUCGAAUAUCUGCUCUACGGGCACCGAGAGCAGCUGGCGUGUCACGUGUGCGCCAAGACCUUCUUGGACGAGUCCCGGCUCAGGAAACACGAGAAGCUCCAUUCGGCCGAGCGGCCGUUCGCGUGCGAGAUCUGCGCCAAAGCCUUCACGACCCACGCUCACCUCAAAGAACACCUGAAGAUCCACACGGGCUUCAAGCCGUACCGAUGCGAAGUCUGCGGGAAGUCCUUCAUCCGGGCUCCGGACUUGAAAAAACACGAGCGAGUCCACAGCAACGAGCGGCCGUUUGCCUGCCAGAUGUGCGACAAGGCCUUCAAGCAUAAGUCUCACCUGAAAGAUCACGAGAGGCGCCACCGGGGAGAAAAACCUUUCGUGUGCGCCUCGUGCACGAAGGCCUUCGCCAAGGCAUCCGAUCUGAAGCGUCACGAGAACAACAUGCACAGCGAGAGGAAGUCGGCGAAUCCCCUGCAGAGCGACACGGAAGCCCUGCAGGCGGCCGCCAUGGCCGCCGAGGAGUCGCACAUGGACAACAUGAGCUGCUCCUAACGUACGCAAACGCUCGUGUCAAAUAAAACUCUUGGUUCAGUUUCAUGAGCACAAA